GAGCGGGGUUGACAUUGGAGCCUGCAUGGGAAUGGGAGAAGAGGAGGGGAUAAGAGAGGCUGCUCAGUCCAGCAGCACUGUGUCCUGAAAGACAUCAUCAUCACUAUCAUCAUCAUCUUUCUCACUAUUCUCAUCUCCCCAGCAGCAGCAGCAGCAGUAGCAGUAGUUGUAGUAGUAGAGGUGUGGGAUGCAUCGUCCUGAUUCCACACACUGACACCCAAACGGGACUUGGAAGAAAACGUCAGGGGAGACAUCUCUGGAAAUACACACAGCCACCAUUAUUUUGCUGUCAUUUUUAUUUUUUUUAAAUGGACAACAUGACUCAAUUCGUUUUAAUUUAGUUCAUUUUCAUUGAAAUAUAUGAUUCUAAAUGUGUUUUUUUAUUAUAACCUGGGAAGCAUAUAACGCACGGACUCGAUCGUUUCGUUCUUGUUUUCUUUUAUUAAGUGCACUUCAGUCUUUCUUACUGAGCAGAAAAUUGACCGCUGUGGGUUCGGGGUUAAUCUCAAACCUGCACCGAGUGCUCGUGUGCUGAGACGUCCUUCAUAUUUUGGAUUUUUUUUGUCCUCUUCUACAACUGAGCAGACUUUACAGAUUGAUCCUGAUCGCAUCCUCGUCUUCAUCCUUUUGGAUGUCCAACAAGAUUAAGCUUUUCAGGGACAGGACGCUGUCCAUUUCCACUGGAAGACCCUGAGCUGUUAUCUCUUCAAAAUCAGACGCUAAUUUGGUCUACUAACUUUUAUCUACGAGGUCAACAAUGAGAUUAAUUCCGUCGCGAUUAAGUUAUCUGUUCCUUCAUCUAUUUGCAUUUUGCUACUAUGCUCAGGUAACAAUUCAGUCCCCGCCUAAUUUUACACAGCAUGUGAAUGAGCAGAGUAGGGUGACGGACCGGGUCAGCCGCAGACUCAUCCGGACCUACCAGCUUUACAGCAGAACGAGUGGCAAACAUGUCCAGGUCUUGGCCAACAAAAAAAUCAACGCCAUGGCCGAGGACGGAGACGUGCACGCAAAACUAAUUGUGGAGACAGACACAUUCGGCAGUCGGGUUCGAAUUAAAGGAGCUGAGACAGGAUUCUACAUCUGCAUGAAUAGGAGGGGAAAGUUGAUUGGCAAGAGGAAUGGUCAGGGGAAAGACUGCAUUUUCACAGAGAUAGUGUUGGAGAAUAACUACACGGCUCUUCAGAAUGUAAAGUAUGAGGGCUGGUACAUGGCGUUUACACGCAAAGGAAGACCCCGCAAGGGCUCCAAAACCAGGCAACACCAGCGGGAAGUCCACUUCAUGAAGCGAAUGCCCAAAGGACACCACAUCGCAGAGCACAGACCCUUUGAUUUCAUCAACUACCCUUUCAACAGACGGACUAAGCGCACCCGUUACUCAGGAGAGCGCUGAAGAGUGAUGCAGGAGAAAGAAAGGGGGACUAGUUAAUGAGCAAGAAAAAAAAUACCAUCUCAGAUAAUGAACAGAAUCCUCUUAUGGACUCCUAAAAUCAUUUUUGUACUGAGCAUUAAUAUGCGUAACAUAUAGUUUUCUAAAUAAUUUUCUAGAAAAGAAAAACACAUGCUGGAAAAAAUAUACCUGGAAAAAGUUCUAUUUUUGUACUCCAGACUUUUAGUACUGACUUGUGUAAAAAUGUUAGGAAAGUGAAGCACAUGGCUUGAGAUACAUGUGAGACAUCACAUUUUAGUAGUGUGUGGACUUCACCAUCUCAUUGUUUGAUUUUGUUUUGUCAGUUUUAGAGUAAUUUAUACUCUUCAUAUUGCUGCUCAUGGGGACUUGGAGGGCCUGAGAGAAUGCACUGACAAAAAAAAAAAAAAAAAAAGCUGUAUUUAGUUACAUGUACAGCCAAGGCACCUCUCGACCACCCAAUGAUAAGACACCCAGCUCAUCUGAAUAACCUCUGUGGCUCUUGGUUCUGGAUUGUCCAAAAGAUAAACAAAGUUAAAGCAAACACAGCUUUAAAUCCGUAUAUUAUUGUGGCAGCUACAUUUUGAUAAUCAACACUUUUCCUACCAUAGUUCUAUCUGUUGAGGUGUGUUCAAGGUGUAUAAAUGCAUUGUUAUGAAAUGUAGGGGGGAAAAAACGUUUGUUGUGUCAUUGUGUCUCUGUUUUUAUACAUAUAUAAAUAUAUUUUUAUUUGAGGAUGUGUAAAAUAAUUUUAAUGAUGGAAAUAUUUAUUUAAA